AUUGUCAGUCAAGCAGUGGGAACAUUAAUUUGUUGAUGAUGAUGAUAAAGUAAAUAAAAAUAUCACUCAUAUAUCCACACAUUUGGUGUUUCUUGAUUAUGAAAUGCAUUCCGUAGUAACCUCUGCCAGGAAAUAACCAUUUGCGCGGGAAAGUGAGGCGGGAAUAGAAGCUUUUACAGAAAAUUGCACUUGAUGUUUUCCCUCCACAGAUUAACAAUUAAAGCAAAAUGCCCAAUGGAGUUACGCAAUUUUCCAAUGGAUCGACAGUCAUGCCCAUUGAUUCUAGGAAGCUACGCUUACUCGAACCAACAGUUGGUGUACCAAUGGCAGAACUCCCAGAGUGUAAACUUCGUUCCGGGUAUGACCCUCUCACAGUUCGACUUAAUCAGCUUCCCCUACAGGAAUUUCACCUUUACAAGGAGAGAAGGGGACUUCUCUGUGCUUCAAGUGUCUUUCAACCUUCAAAGGCACACAGGCUACUUCCUCAUCCAGGUGUACGUGCCGUGCAUUCUCAUUGUGGUGUUGUCCUGGGUCUCCUUUUGGAUACAUCGUGAGGCUACCUCUGAUCGCGUCGGGCUAGGCAUCACGACGGUGCUGACCCUAUCCACCAUCAGCCUGGACUCGCGCACCGACUUGCCCAAAGUGCGUUACGCCACCGCACUAGACUGGUUCCUGCUCAUGAGCUUCUUCUACUGCAUCGCCACGCUCCUCGAGUUUGCUGGAGUACAUUAUUUUACUGAGGUUGGAUCAGGAGAAAUAGUAAUCGACGACUCUGAAUGGGAGGAGCUGAUAGAGGAGGUAGGAGGCGACGCGUUCGCUGCGCGGCAGUUGGCGGUGCGCCGGCGCAGCAGCUCUGUUCGCUCCGCUACCAAUUAUAGCUUCUCUCUUCCGGCGAACAGUAACGCGAACGAAGAAAACGGUCCGCAAGCGGGCAUUGCAGAUUCAGGCGGAGGUGCGGUCCGACUCACUAUGGAGCGAACCACGCAGACAGAGCGGCGCGUGCCCCGCUGGAGGCAGCUGCUGUACUGCCUCGCCGGCGACGACAAAUACCGCCGCCAGCGACAGCUCGAGGCCGGCAUCCGUGGUCAUAUCAACAGCGUAUCCCACAUAGACAGGGCCGCCAGAGUGUUAUUUCCGGCAUCUUUCGCUCUACUCAAUCUGUUCUACUGGCUGAUUUACGCCUUUGCAAACAACGACUUCGACUGGAGUGAUAGCCCAAUGAAUAGUCUCUCCCACUGAAACAAUUUCUAGGAUAGAUAGAUACUUGAUGUCUCGAUGUUUUGCCAAUAUUAAUGUAUAGGAAAUCAUAAGUAGUUACUGUGUAAAUAUUAGACAUUUAGGAAACUAUUGUUGUCGCAGCCAAACCUUUUAUAGUAAAAUAUAUUUUCUAAAUGUAUUGACAAUGUUAUUUCAAUAAUUUCUCACAUUCGUAUUUUUUAUGUUCUAUGCCUUUCUAAACAUAUUUAUUUUUCAACCAAGUGAUAGGGAUCUUUCCCUACAUAUCGGUGCUGUAGCCUAUAACUCAGUAACCGGCAUAAUCGAAUAAUUCAUUAUCCCUCAUUUAAUUAGGCUACAAACAGAAUUAACACUGAAACACUAUACUUCACUCACACACUAUUUACAUGAAGUGAUGUCAUACAGAUAGCAAUCGGCUAGUUUAUUUAAAAAAACUUAUAAAUGUUAUAGUUAAAUCCGGCUCGAAGGACCAAAAAAUUUAUAGUUUGUACAUUUUUAAUGAUAAGUUAGAGUGCAGGAGAAAAAGCUCACCAGAGAGAUAAAAUCCCUGAUACAUAAGUAUUUAUAAACAAAGUUAUAUUAACGUGUGGGAUAGCCUACACGUUAGUUGAUAAAAUAUGAAAGUAUUGUAUUAUAACACGGGUUAUUAACACGGUCUCAGUGACGUUCGCGUUAUAUACAAUUACAGCGUUAAAUAAAAGUAUUUUUUGGCUUAUUUACCUUUACAGUAGGUACUUACACACAAAUUGACACAGUCGAUGUUGCCAAAGGUUAUAAAAAAUUAAAAGCACCAUUUUAGUGAAAAUCAUUCAGUAUUUAUUUAAGGAAAAGUGAAAAAUUAAUUAAUACGACAGUUUAAUUGAGCAAUACAUAGAUACGUAGCUAGUAGGUAAAAUGGAAAUGGACCAAUCAUGUUUUCCAAUCCUCACUAAUAAAAGCAGUCAAUAAAGACUCGGUUAAAGAAUAAUAUAUAUAUAUUGAAAACAGUAUGACGGGGCGGCUAAAACACGUAACAUUCUACUUUAAUGAUAUACAGCUCUAUUUCUUCAAGGAACAUUUUAUACACUUCCAUGCUCACAUUUUCUCUGUUAUUGUAUAUCUUACUAUUUUAUUACUAUUUGUGCUAAAAAGUGUAUUUUUUAUAUAAAAAAAUACAGACAUACUUGAGAAGCAGUUUCACGCCGUCGGUUCCUAAUGAAUCCCAAGCCUGCCAACGGCCAGUUUCAAUAAUCAACCUCAAGAACACGGUAAGAAUAAUCGAGGCCCAACUCAUAAUCGUAUGGCAUCAUCAAAGAUUCCAUGGAGGUUAAAGAGAAGGAGAACGAUCGCUACGCAUUAGCCCGUCUUCCCUGAAAAUUUGUAGAAUUUAUAGUUAAUUUUUCAGUCACCAGCCGCGCUGCCGUCGGUAAGUAGUAUCUGUGAAGUUAGCUGUUUAUGAGUACAAGUAGAUGAAGUUAGUUGAAUAUUGUACAAAUUUUCUUCGCGGCAUUGGUCAUUUUAUUAGCCAGUUUUUAUUGAUACAACUUGGCGAUCGCAGCGCCUCACUUGUUUUGUCCAUAUUUUCUACAGCGAUCGUUCUCCUUAUCUCUAACCUCCAUGAAAGAUACUAUGAAAACUAAGCUACGCCCCUACCGGAUGUACGCAUAACUGCCUUCUUCCAUACAAAAUUUGACGAUGACAAUACGAUUACGGAGCUGUCAAAAUUCCUACUUGGGCCUCUGGUUCCGUUUCAUAGCAAGCAACUGUUGUUAUGAUGGAAAAGUAUCUUAGCAACAAAGCUCGAAUGACCUCUUACUGGAGUUUGAUUAUUGAAACCGGCCGAUAGUAGGCACAGGUAUCCAGAUAAAAUACCUACCUACGUGUUGGUAUUACUUCACGUGGUCUUUUGUAUAUUAUGCUCCUUUACAUUCCAAUACCCGUAGCAUGAGCACCACUUCAUUAUAUUUUUUUAUCGCGUCUUACUGGCAAACUCCAUAUACUAAUUUGACAGUUGAGCGUAAUAAAAACGAGCUAUGUAUCAUAUCGCGGUGCUCAUGCUAGGAGGGCAAGAGCACGUUAAGAAUACACUGGCUGUUAAAAUUAAAAAUAGCAAAUACGAAGAGUCAUGUGAAGUGCUAGCAUUAGGCUAAAGCUGCGAUUUCAAGAGGCUGAUGAGACAGGAACUAGAAGGCAACGAAUUAGAAAUGACAUGGAAGCAUUACACUGUAACAAAGGCCGUUAAAACAUGGUUCCAAACAACUACAACUUCAAUAAUAUAAUAACGCACCACGCAACCAGACAAGACAAAGUACUUUGAUAAAUCAAAUUUAUCUGAAAAUGAAUUCGGCUAUCCAUUCAUUGGGUAAGGUAAUGUGAAACGUAAAUCCCAACCAAUCCCAUGAUCGGCGUGUUGAUCGCAUUCUUUGGCCCCACCCACAUGAUCGCAGUUUGCGUAGAUCUAUUUUUUAGCGCACUUCGUAUUCCAUAUUAUUUCUAAUUCGUUGCUAGAAUGUGAUGUGGCAAAUGUUGGAUGGGUAAGGUCUUAAAAAAUUUCCUCCAGUGUUGGAGGCGCUAUAAAGGAAAGUCAUUAAAAACCAGAGGCUGAGACCAACCGAUAUUAUUUAGUGCUAUGAAAAGUAACGAAAAUUACGAUUUUAAACGUUUUUUCAAGAAUUUUUAUUUUAUAUUUUCAACAUAAACAGCAUUCUUUGGAAAAUUCUAUCCCUUUCUAUGGCACAGAAAAUUGUACUCUACGUAUAGCUCAAGUAAAUUUUUCAGUGCUAUGGUAGGAUGGAAUGGCAAAAUAACACCAAAGAAUUAUCUUGGGACCCGUUCCCACUGCCAUGCCGUCAGUCAUCCAUACUCCAUUUCGAUACACAACUUUUUAUCAGUACUCGCUAAGCCGAUCUAUCUAUAGAUUGUACUAGCUGUGCCCCGUGGUGUUACCCGCGGCUUAUUAGGGAAAUUAAAUCUUGUAGUAACAGUAAAAACAAAAACUAUUCACAUUUUUAGAAGCAAAAUAAUUUAAACUUAGACAUCGGAAAUAUAAAUUUACAAAAUCAUUUAUUAUAAUUAUGGAAAAAGUAAAAUUACAGGAAAUGUUCACACUAGUUUAGUAUCGAAGAAAUGUUUCUAUGAUACUACACUAGUGUAAGUAUUUCCUUUGAGACGAAUCUUUUUUGUCAUUAGCAUUCGCAGAGCUUGUGCUCGCAUAUGCAGUAAUAUUUAAUAUUGUAUAUGCAGUAAUAUUGCAUAUGCAGUAAUAUUGCAUAUGCGUGUGAUACGCCCCAAACGUUGUGAUUCAAAUUUCGACCGUGAUGUCAAACUAACGCGUCUUAUAAAAUGCGACUUAUGCUCAUCAAAGUUGAGGCAUACACUAUGGCGAUUUCGAACAAAAUUGAGUAAUGUGGACUCUAGCGAGGGUGCUUUGUGGUGACUUUAAACCUCAGCAUGCAGUGCAGUGGAAGAACUCAAAGAAAUCGACAGGGAGUCGAUGUAUCUCCCUCUAUUCUGCUUCAUGCCUACUGCAAACUGAAUAAACGUUAUAAUUAAAACAAAUCCUACUUCCUAAACUACACACCAUUAUAUUCUUCACAAACGAACGUUGAAACGUUGUAUCAAUGAUUUGAAUAAUCUUGCGACUGUUGAAAAUAUUUUUUCAAAACUUUUUAUAAUCAUUAGAUUCUCAUACAUUUUAUAAUCUCUGUACCUAUAGUUAUGUCACACUUAUUUCUACGCAACUACUCAGCAAACUUAAAGAAAUUUUUUAGCUCCUAACAGCUGCACGCAUUCAUUUGAGAAAACAAAGUUCCAUUUAUCAAACAGAAGGUAAAUUGUGCCCAAGAAAGAAUCACUCCCAUAAUAAAAUAUAUCAAAAGUGAAAUUGGAUACACACACACUACUUCAAGAAGAAGACUAUUCUUGUAAGUAACGAAAAUGUUGCAAGGUUAAUUCUAAAUAAAACAUAGCAAAUUCUAAAUAGUUAAUUGAUCAUACAUAUUCAAUAUACACAUAUCACAUGAAUAAAUCUACAAAACAAUAAAUUAAUAAUACAAGUUCCAAUCAAGUCCAGAGAGCUAAUAUAAAAUAUUACAUUCGAUCACCAGAUUUGGUCCAAUAUCUGUAAAUAUAAUUUCUCAUUCUAUCCAACAAUGCCAAUCUACUUUUAUCUUCAUCUAUAAAUAGGAAGUAGAAGGCAAUAGAUUAAAUACAAAGUGGAAUGUUUAAGGCUAUCAUCAUAAGUUCGAAGAUCAUUGUUACGUCAGAAAAUAGUGUAGUAUUUUUACAUGUAUAUAUAUAUAUAUAUAUAUACUAGUAUAUAUCACUUGGACAAUCUAUAGUCAGUUAGUUACAUACAUUUAUAUAUACAUAUAUAGAAUUAAUAAAACAACACAAUUUGCCUAUCUAGUAAUAAAUAUUACAGAAGUCUUGUAGUGUUCACAAAUGUAAUUAAAGUUUCGGCAUAUCGAAAACGUGUUCAAAGUAUAUCGAUUGAAAUCCUAGACUCUUUUUCAACACAUUUACAGUUGUGCGAACCGUGACGAAAAAUAUGGAUCCUGAUCAGGUAUGGUCACAGGUUUACUAGAUAAAAUCGACUUGUCUCAACUGACUUCAGACAGGUAUCAAACCUGUGACUUUUUGCUUCCGCACGCGUGCUCUCUCAACUGAGCUUAAUCUAGAGUCGGAUAAAUCUAAAUCUUUUUAACACUUUUUAGAAGUGAUUUAGUAUUAUUUUAAUAUUUUAUGCGUUAGCAAACAAAAUGCUCAUAAUGGUUUAAUGAAUGAAAAAAUUACGAAAGGGGGCGUCCAUAAAUUACGUGAGAUGUUUAAGGGGGGGGAGGGGGUCGAGUCAAAUCUCAUCUAAUCUUACGUUUGAGAGAGGGGGGGGGGGGGUCGAGUCCCCCAAACUAAAGAAGCACCAAUUAAGUGUGAAUAAGCCAUAACCUGGACCUCAAUUGCAAUAAAUAACAUUUUUUCGUUAUGCCGAAACUCUUUUCAUCCUUCAAUUAGAAAAAUAUUCAUAGGUAUAGGUAGUGGCAAACUUCUUAAACCAAACCACAGACAAACAAACUUGCGCAGUAGAUAUUUUUGUAUGUAAAAUUACUACUGCGCAUGCUUUCUUGUCUAUGGUCGACGCCCACGAAGUUUUCCGGGGUGUAUAUAUAAAAUUUAACUAUGCAUAGGCCUUAUGCUAGGUUUAUCCUGGCUAUAUUUUCAAAAUAUAGUAAAAUAAAAUAAGGCAACCACUACACAUACUAUCUAAGUAUUAUACAUGUACGUAAACAUUUCUACACAUACUGAGCCCUUUAUAACAUCUUUGACUACAAUUGGCUAUAUACAAUACAAACAAUAUGAUACAAACCUACCUACGUACUUGAAAUAUUUGUACCGUGUAUUCGUUUACGCACAUCGAUUUCUAUUUUUUUAUAAAUACAAAGAUUACUAUAUUUUUUGACUAUCCACGAUUGGGUAGGUAACCAAUACAAUAAUUUUAUAUACAAAAUAUAUCUUUUUAGAGUACAUUCAACACUACAGAAAGUAGGUAUAUUCGAAAUAUACAAAAAAAACGGUGGACAUUCGUUCUUUUCCUAAGCACUUAUCUUAUAAUAAUAACAUAUUUUUGUCGAUAAAUAUCAAUAGAUAUAAUCAUCGCAUUCGGAACGAUUACGAGACCACCUCUACGGAGAAUAAAAUUGAGACUAGAGCACUGGUCACAGAUACAAUAUAUUAAAAUUACAGGCAAGGAUUGUUAGCACUCUACGACUUAUUUUAGUGGUUAAAAACAUGCUGCCAAUGUUUAUAUUAAAAUUACAAAUAAAUUAAUAGUAGUCCUACAACACAGAGUAUUCUUCAAGCUUCUGCUACACCUUAUACAAUGCACUGCACUCAAUAAAUAAAUAGGGAUAUCUCUACAUUAAUAUUCAGUAUAUAAAAUAUAAAUCACAGAUUCUAUGCUUCAUAAAAACAUUUCUUACGUCUCCUUUUUGCCAACAACAAGGUAUACAUUCAUGUCAUCUUUGCCUUUUACAUAGACGCUGCCUCGUGGUUCGAACUCAUACCUGUUGGACAAUACAGAUAUACAAGCCUCUCCCACCUGAAUUCGCUUUACAACGCCGGUGGAAUCCAUCCUAGAUGCUAUGUUAACAGCAUCUCCCCAUAUAUCGUAAUACAAUUUGGUCGUUCCAAUUACUCCCGCCGUCACAUCGCCGAAGUUAUAUCCAAUGCGGAGUAUAAAAUCAAAUUCUAACAAGUCCUGGUUGAAAUUUUCUACAACCUUUUGCAUCUCUAAAGCGAAAUCCAUCAGUUGGUAUAAAUGUUCGUACGGAUCUCUCGCGGCGUGCCUCAAAUCAGGAUUCAAGCCGCUGGCGGCCAUGAAUGUGCUGCCGAUAGUUUUGAUCUUCUCCACAUGCUGAAACUCAGAUUUCUCUAGCAAUUCAUCAAAGUCCGCAAUCAAUUCGUUAAGAACUCUCAAAUACUCCUUCCCCAUCAGAUACGACUCGUCGUACAUCUCAUUAAAAUUAACUAUGCUAGCGAAUAUAAUGCCAACGUCUUUAUAGUUUUCGGAAUAUUUGGCAGUAUUUUUUAGCUGAUCGGCUACGUGUCGCGGUAUUAUGUUGUGCAGAAGCCAGUCCGCCUGGUUCCUCAUGUUCUGUACCCUCUGCUUGUCGCGGUUCGCAACCACAUUACUGUAAAAACUCAGGCGGUAACUAAUCUCGAAUUCUCUAUUCAAAAACCACACUAAAAUCAGCAAUAACGCUAUAUCCAAAUAAAGUUCAGUCAGAUGAAGCUCGUGUAGCCCCUUUGCUGGAUCUGUACUGUUAGCUGGAUUAAUCCAUUCACUGGUAACGUUAGCCAGACUAUCGACAAAGUCCGACAUAUUAUAAAUCAAUACCCUCGGGAUGUUAAUAUCACCUGUAACUUGAGUAUUAGCAUCAUGACAACCCAGUACGACUACGAAGAGAAACAAAGCGGCAUAAAGUGUCACCAGAGUAUUCUUAACGAGCCAAUUCAUUUGUGUAAAAUUACAAAAGUGUACUAUAGUAACGCACAAAAGAUACACAUAGAACGAUUGAUCGCCUCGAAGUAUGACUAAUGUAGUAUUUUCGCACGAGAAGUUAUUAAUAACGGCUAAAAUAGGCAAACUAAUCAACAAACUACCACACAUAUGCCACGGUAUCCAAUUGGAAAGGUUUCUAAAUAUCCUUACGGACCGUCUGAUCGUGUCGGUUACGUGCGGUGCAUUUUUCGUCUUCCAUUUCAAAUAAUGUCUGUAAACACAUAACGCCAUUGCCACAACUUGAAUUAAAGCUAGGCCGAAAAAUAGGGCGAUGGAAUGUCGCCACUCGCCGUACAAGAUGAAUACUGAAACGGUGACGGCCACAAAAAUGAUGGCGGACACUAGAAUAUCAAGGGCGGUGUUAAAUCGCGAAGUGGUGAGGGUAGGGGGAAAGUCUUCGCUGUCAUCGCUCCUGUGAGCUUUGUCUCUGUAAUGCUUCUCUAUUUCGACUUCUUUGAAGAACAACGUGAAUCUAUUGAGAGGGGGUUGUACGAAGUAGUUAAUGCCUGACCUGGCGUUGUCUUGCACGCAUCGGAUCAACUGGAGGUCGGAUUGUUUGCGCAGUUUCUGUAAUGACUGCACUUGCUGCUCAUUGAGGGGUGGUGGCAGGCGACCUUUGGUCAUGUGCUCGUUGAGAGAGGACUGACUGGAGGUGUAGUAGCCCGAUACCCGAUGCUGCAUCAUGUCGGCCUGUGAUGUCGCCAACGCGUGAUUCAGAGCAAAAAUCUGAAAGAAAGGAAUAUAUUAUUUCAACAUGGAGCCGAAAUGACAUAAUAGGGAUGAUGACGAAAUUCUAUUUAGUCAAUCAGUUAGAUUAUCCAAAAAUAAAAUACACAUAUUUUGUUCUUUUGUCAAUCAACCAAAAAAUUAGGCGCAAGAAAGAAAAAAAUCUAAAUUCACAUUAUCAAAAAAACAUUACAGAGAUAUAUUCGAAAUGUCGCACGACGCCCGUCGUACGUCCUGGUACAAUUGUUACUGAGAGAGAAGUGACGUCAGGAGGCUCCAAUCCCAAACUUUGACGCGCUUUAUCUUUGUAAUUAUUUUGUAGAUUGUUGUUAUGUUAUGUUAUGUUAUUGAAAUGAAAUUAAAUAUUUAUUAAAACCAUAACAAAGAUACAAUGACAAUAGUGAUCGAUAAUAACUGCAUUAGUUAUAAAACUGUGUCGCAGUUAUUAACGCUCACCUCCAGAAAACAAUCUUUGCUACAAUAAAUUUAAUUUUAAUCUUAAUCCUAAUUUAAUAUUAAAACAGAAAUUAAAUGCGUGUUUGUGUCUUAUUUGUGUGUAUGUAUGUGAGUGUAUGUGUGUGCAUGUGUGUGUGUGUGUGUAUUUGUGUGAAUGUGUGUCUGUGCGAGAGUAUGUAUAGCCCAAAUUUACACUACAUGAUCAGGCCAAACCCAAUAAAGUACCAAAUAAUGCCACUGUAUCAGAAUAUGUCAGUCUUUGAAGCUAUUCCAUAGUUUUACCCUGAAUUUUCUAAGAAUAAGAGGAAAUAUAAUAAGAACUCCGUUUGUUGUAUAAAACAAAAGAUAUAAAGCAGAAGUGGCUACAUUAAUCUUACACUGCCUGUCUUACACAAAAUGUAAGGUCUACUUAACGAAACACGGUCAUCAUAUGGAAUCUGCGAGUGUUUACGUAGUAUUACAUUAAGUUAGUAAAUCUGCCUAACUGACAUAAGAUUAAAAAAAUUAUAGAGCUCAGAUGUUGGAAAGGUAAUUGGUUUGAAAUUAAUUAUUUUAAGAACAGCCCUUUGAGCCCUUUCCAGACGUAAGAGGUGAGUUUUACCUGAACAACCCCAGACAAUAAUGCAAAAUGAUAUAAGUGCACCCUUCGCAAUCCGGGCGAA